AUGCUAAAAGCAUGCUGCAAAGACAAAUCUUUGCUUUCAGAUGUACUUGUAUCUUUUAAUACUCAUCCUUUCCUGUUUUCGGAGCUUAUUUUGCGUUUGCUUUACUUGCCAUCCCUUGACGACCAAUUCGUCUUCCACGUCAACCCUGACAAUGUCAUCAAUUCCUUAAUUCAAGUAACUUUGACAUUUCCAAAUUCAGAAAUUAACCGCCGUCAAACCGCCAUUGCUCGGUCGAUCUGUUUGACUUAUCUUUUUGAUUUAUUUGCUGUUCCUGAGAAUGCCGCUCGUUGUUUUGAGAGCGAACGAUUCAUGUCUUGCUUCUCUAUACUCAUGGAAGAGAGAAAUCUAUGUAAUGUCAUCUUGAAAUCGUUCGAGAGUGCAUUGACUGGCCUUAAGGUACUUCCUUUCCCUAUAGUUACCUCUAUUUCGUGUAUUUUGGUCAAAUGUUCAAUGAUAUCUGAUGAAUUUUAUAAAGAUUUAGGAGCAAGACUAUCAAAAGUUGUGGUUGGGUCAAUGCUCAUCAACCAGGGAAUAAGAGAUUCAAUUCCUGAGCUUAUGAGUCCUUUAAUUGAGAUGCUUGGCAAAAUCCCUGACCAAGACUCCCUCAAAAUCCUUUUAGACCUUCUUUUCUCAACAGCACAAUACUAUGAGAAGCUGAUUUAUGACAAUAGAAUGUUUAUUAAGAUAAUAAAUAUCAUAAAAUCUGUUGAAGGUGAAGAACCAAGCGAUCCAACCUUACUAAGGCUCUACAACAUCCUUAGUAACUCAUCAACAGUUGGUUUAGGCCAACCUUUCGUUAUAAAAGUUCCAUCUGCGAUUCCAUUGAUUCUUGCAGCAUCGUACAAGUCUAAAAACUACUCAGACAUACUUGAUUUCUUCACGCAAUUGUGCACUUACUCAUCAAACAACGCAAUUGCGAUGCAUUACGGAGAUAUGACUUCGAUUUUGUUGCAGCAACUGAAAGGAACGUUUUCCUACAACAAUUUCGUAUUCGACAAAGCGUAUGAUGAUGUUAAAUUGAUUACUGACCACUUCUUCCCUCUAAUUUCUGCAAUUCUCGAAUUAAAAAGUAGUUGUUCAGUAGAUCAGCACUUGUUCAACCUUUUCAUGCCAGAUGAGAACAAUAACUUCCCUCCCCUUUCGAUUCCUGUCCUUAAAAUGGUCAAUUCCGUCAUUACAGCCGUUGAAAGCCAACCGACCACUCAAAUCGAAGUCACUUCACCUGACCCCAUAAUUGAUAAUAUUAUAAUUCCACAUGAGAAAAUGAACCAGAAUUGGAUGAUCAGGAUGAAAGUGAAAAUUGACACGAAAGUCCAUUCAAAUUCGAACUUUGUUUUAUUUGAAUUCAAAGACAAAGCGAGUAUUCCGUGCAAACUGACCAUUUACACACUUGCAGACACAAUUGUUGCUAGAUUCAUCAAAUACAACAUCAGAUCAACAGCUACAAUCAUGAAGAAAAUACCAGACAAUCAAUGGGUGAAUAUCAGUUUGUUGAAUGUCAAAAUUCCAACAGGCCAACACAUCAUUUCUUUCUUGGAAAGAGAAUUCAAAGAAGAAACAGAGUAUAACAAAUUUGAGUUCACUACAUCUGUCAAAUUAUCAGUUGCAAAGACGGAAGAAGUGAAAAUUGACAAGAAUUACAUGUCACCUGUUGUUCUUGGCACAUUCCAUUUCAUUUCUGGUGACAUGCAAUCAGAUGAAAUGAAUCAGUUGAUUGACCAAAACAAUGAACAAAUUUCAAAGAAUCCUUUCAAUUUUGUGAAUUCAGAUAAUAUUUUACACCUCAGAAAAAUAGUCAAAACUCAUGAAUCAUUGAAUUGGACUUUGCCAAUUCAUGUUUGUUUAUCUGACUUCAUUCCUGUUUUUGAUAUUAUUAAGAAUGCUCCUUCUAAUUACGCGGAAUUAUUAAUUCCUAUUAUUUUAAGAGGAAGAAAUAUCAAUAUCUCUUCUACAAAGAGAAUAUUGAAUAUUAAUUCUAAUUGGGAUAUCGAGAAAACAAAUAAUUACCUCAAAAAUCUGACAGGAUUAGAUUUUGAUUAUUUGCCAAAAGAAAAUUGUUUGGUAAAUUCCAACAAAAGUGACAUUUCUGGAUUAGUUUUUACUAUUGCUAGAAACUUGAAUUCUUCGCAAUUAAAUCAUCAUUUGUUUAAUUCCAUUACGAGUAUUCUGGAAUCAAUAGAAAGUGAUGAUUACAGAAGAGAAAUUAUUGAAGAUGUAAUUUAUAAUUUGUUUAUUUGGGCGGAUUGUGAUGAUUUUUCCCAGAAAAAGAUUACUUUGUUUUAUGUAAACAAAAGCGAAGCAUUGGCAACACCGAAUUUGUUUAAUUUGUUCUUGCACAGAUCGUAUUUGUUGUUAUUCAAAUCAAAGAAAACUUUUAAUUCUUUGAUGACGAGUUUCAUCAAAAUUCUUGAAUUAAUUUCAAGAGUUUACAUGACAGAAAAUGUUUUGUCAGAUUUAAUCAAAAUCAUGGAAUCCCUAGAUGAUCCAAGUAAUUACAAAACAUACGGACAUCUAUUAGAAACAUUGAUAUACAAGGGAUAUAAAGUAAAUAUCGAAGAUGCAAUGAGAUUCCGAAAAUUGGCAGAAAAAUCUUCAUAUGAAGAUUUGAUUUGGUUGAUUGGAAUUUUACAAGUCGGAUGUCAGGAAUAUUCUAAGUUUAUUUUGUAUAAUUUAUUCACUGUUUAUCUCCAGAAAAACGAGCUAAACGAGCAGCCGUUGAACAACGACAUGUAUUGCAUUAAAAUGCUCUUCAAAGGUGAUCAUAACGCCGCAUUCGAAAAGUUUGGAAAUUUGAUUGUUUCUAUGGAAAAGUUUUGGUUCUUUUGGCCUUUGAUGAUCGGGUUUUGGUUUGAAGAAAAAAGUGACAUAAUUGUGAACUAUAUCGUUCCACCAUUAUUGAAUGCGAAACCCAUUGAUUUAUAUUUGAAGCAGAUAUGUAUUUUAUUUGAUAUUGUUGAAUCACAAAAUUUAUUUGAGAUUUCCAAGUUAAAGAGGAAAUUAUUUUUGAAAAUUUGCGAUGAACUCAAUGUUAUGAAGCAGGAAGAUAAAAAUGAUAUAGCGAAUGCUUUGAUUGUCGCUUUCAUUCAGGAGUUCUUGUUCGUUUUCACUGAAAAUUCUUAUAACAAAGAAUUUUUGAAUUAUCUAAAAAGUGACAACGGUUCUAUCGUCACUGGACAAGAAACAUUUGAUGAUUUAAUCAAAGAAAAGCUUCCUCCUAUCAAUGGCAGAGACUUCCAUUUCGAUGAAUUCAAAGAGAGAAUAAAUUCUGACUUCAGCAAGUUCUAUUAUAGAAAGAGAUGUAUAGAAGGUGACGAAGAAUUCUUUGACAUAACAAAGAAAGUGUCUGAAAUUGCAUGCCAAUACGCGAAUGGUCCUGAAUUUGUUAAUAAUGCUGUUAAAUAUGUACAGACAUUUACGGAAAAGAUUCCAGAACCAAGAACAACAAUUUUUGAUUUCAUGUUGUCUGCAAAUUAUUAUUAUGGAAAUUACAAAUCUGAUUUGAUUAAUUUAAGAGAUGAUAUUAUAUUUUUAUUAACUCUUCCUGCUAUUAUUGCUCCUGAUUCUCCUAAUUCAUGUUCUGUUUUGAUUAAUCAACAAGUUAAAUCUCUCAGAGACAAAUUCCAUUCUAGUUUGGUUUUCUCUGAAAACAGAUCAAUGAAUAUCACGAGAAGUAAGCAUAAUUUACCAUAUAUUUCCAAACUAAUACCUUUGAGUUUAGAUGCUGUUCAACCACAAGUUGUUCCACAGCUUUAUAAUUCUUUGUUUUCACAUGAAGAAAAACAAAUCACGAAGUUUUCUGAGAUAAAAGAACAGUUUAAAUGUCCUGCAACAGUUCUGGUGAUGAAGGAAAGGAUUCCUGUUCAGUUCGAAUUGUGGUAUUCCAAGUUAUUGCUAAGACAGGAACAGAAUAUUCCUUUAACAAUUGAUUUCGCGACUUUGAAAUUCGCUGUAGCAAAUAACAACCAAAUUAUUUUUUAUGCUUUUAAUUGUUCGUCACUUUUAAUUGAAUUUUCUCAAGAUGACUUUACAAAAACCGUUUCACAACUUGUCAGACUUUCUGUGCCAAUAUCAGAUAGAAAAGCGCAAAUUGAAAUACUCCAGAAUAAAUGGAGCGAAGGAUUAUUGUCGAAUUUCGAAUUAUUGUUGCACACAAAUAUAAUUUUUGGAAAAAGUUUUGAUGAUUUCAGGAAUUAUAUAGAAAUGCCUGCGAUUUUGAUUGAAAAUGAAUCAAUUAUGUUUGGAAAAUACCAGAAUGUACAAGUACCUGAUGAAACAAAGGUAAAUCUCAUUAAAAAUGUCCAAGAAUCGAAAGAAAUCAACAUUCCAGAAGAAAUUAAAAAACAAUAUUCGAAAACAAGAAGUGUUCAAGUCGAAUUUUACAUUUCUUCUGAUUUGUUCGCAAGAAAAUCCAAUGUAAUUGUUCCUAAAAUGAUCAAAACUCCUGUAAGCUUCACGUACAUGUAUAGAAUGUGGUUGGAAUUGCCUGGAAUGACAGAAAAAAUUUUGAAUUUUAUAAGUCAAAAAUUUGGUGUCACUUUUUCAAGUGAAGUGAAGAAAAUUCCAAAUUCACCACGUAUGGAAUCCAAGUUAAACAUUGAUGACAACAUUAGAUUCAGAAUGUUCUUGAGUUCCGAUGACAAAUUCAUUGCGAUUUCUCAAGAUUCUGCAUUUUUCAUUUUCUUUUUCGAACUGAAUAAUUUGAUUUUACUCAAAUGCUACACGAAUCCAGAUAUAGCUAAAAGCGCUGUGAUGUACAAUGACUCAAUUGCAACAGUCUGUACUCCACAAAACAAAAUUUUCACUCUCAGCCACAAAAUUUCAAAAAGUGAAGUAAUUGAAUUCCAGGUAACUCAUAUGAGCCAAAGCCACAAGAGAGUAGUAUUUGCUUGCAGUAAUGGAGCUGUUUAUAUCAGUAAUUCUUCGGAAUUUCCUUCUGUCAAGAAAUUAAUUUUUGUUUCUACAUCAGAAAUCACUCAUUUAGUGACAUCCGAUGAAUACGAUGUGUGUGUGAUUGCUGAGAUAUCAGGAAUCAUCAGUGUUGUCUGUUUAUCAGAUUCUUAUGUUUACGGAACAUAUAACACUGAAGGAAAAACAAUUAAUUCUAUUGUUGUCACUCCUUCUUCUGGUUUUGUUGUUGUUUCUUUGCACCAGGAGUUCGUUGUUUUGUCUCUUUGUCUGACUUUCCUCAGUUCUGCAACUUACAAAGGACAUGUUUCGCAGAUGGUCGCUGUCAGGACAUGUCAUGGAGCUGAUUACGUAUAUUUCUCUGAUAAUAGAUUUGUUUACGUUUUCGAAGCAAUGUUUCCUGCAAAUAUUGUCUCUGUUUACGAGGCAAGAAAGAGAAUUAUGGGAAUUGCUUACUGCAAAUCUAUGGCUUCAAUUGUUUGUGCAUCACUGGACAACAAAUUGGUGACAAUCCCUGUUUCAAUAGGAAGAUAA